CGUUACGCUUCAGAGGUAGCGCGCUCCAGCUGGUUUACCUGUACGCACAAGAAACUAAUCGACGCUAUAAUUUUCUAGUGGGCAAACUCGUGAUUGACGUGUUUUUUCGCAGAUCAACAUAUUUGUCUUCCUGAAGUUGAAAAUUCAUCGUUGGCGCUGAACCGUCGAUUAAAUUUAAACCAGCAAAGAGUCAAGGAAUAUUAUUACACCUUCGCACUUUGCAGCAGCGGGUUACUGAAUGCCUGUUAAGACGUGGACGUUCACAAUUUAUGUUUCCGCUCAAGAAGACUGCGAAACAGACGAUUGCAUCUUUGUUGUUUCUCGAAUUAUUGUGAUUAGAACGUCACUUGGUCCAAUAUAUGCACUGACAAAAAAAAAAAACAACUGACCCAUAUCUGUCUCAGAAGCAAACGACCUGCUGAAAACAACAACAAUUCUGUUAUGACGGUACGAAGGUAAAUUUGAUCAAACGCAAACUCGUUGUUUACAUCAGCAAGAUCUCAGGAGAGAAAUAACAAUGGAAAGACCUCGUCAAAGAUCAUUGCAAAAGGAAAUUUUGAUUCAAGUUUCAGAGUUUCCUUCGAGAUCGAAUGCCCCUUUACUCAGACAGCGGUCACGAUCGUUAGGAGAAGGGGAGAGCUUGAAUCCUAUCAUAAAUAAGAAAGGUAAGUCGAAUAUUAUCACUCAAUGAAAACUUUCAAAAUUUAACGGGGCUAGAGUAGAAUUCGGACAUCUGAGGGGGCAGAAUAAAUAGAUUUGCUCGCGAUUACGAACAUGAAUAAUUUUUUUCGCCGCUUUGUCUUACAUACAUAGCUGUUUUAUUGUUUGUCUGGUCACAUCAAUCCAUUGGUAUAUUUGCAUCUGUUUGACAUGCACUCAUCUUGAAAUUAAAUGUGCAAGAUGUUUAUAAUAUUAACAUUCAACUGCAAUGCUUAACAUGAGCUUGUAACAGGAGGCGUUUUUUAAAUAGUUUAUAACACUAGGAUUCUGGUGCACGCAGCGCCUAAAUCGCUUUACAAACUUAAAAUUAUGAACCGCAAAUAUUUGUCUGCGUAUUACUCGCCGUAAGAGACUUUUCUGGCUUUAAUUGCAGAGGAACCCAAUAUUUGUUUUCACGCGGCAGUAACCCUUCAAAUUACGUUUGAUUCAAAUGCACAAUCGACAGACAUAAAAAUAACCUUUUCUUCUAUUAUUCCGAUGAUUCAAACCUUUUUUAUUUUUUCUCUUCAAGGUUCAGGCUAUAAUUAGUCGACAAGAAAGGAAUUUUUUUAUGUUGAGGCAUAAAUUUAAGCUAGGGCCCGUUUCUCUCACAAGCUCAUGUAACUUUACGAUCGCGAACUUUUAGGAUUAGUUUUGCGAGUCCAGUCUAUUUUAUUCAGUUUUGCACUUUUUCACUCUUCUUUUUAUAUAUUUUUUCUUUAAAAUCAAUUCGAUUUUCAAUGUUAACCUGGCAAACAAGUUUUUCGGGCCCAGAUUCCUUACAUCACGAUCCUAUGUCUUGAUUACUGUUUCUUAGUGAUCCAUCCGGUUAGACCCACCCCUGUACUGCCCUCUCCCUGGAAAGUAGGAGCAAAGGAAAUGGAGCUAAUACAUACGUGCGUUUUGUAUCCGCAUAAGGGAAUCGUAAAUAUUAUUUCUUCCGGUGAUUCAGGGAAGGCCAGGGUCACGGUUAGUUUUUGCCAACAUUGUUUACCUUUUUUUCUGAUGUAAAAUUGACAUGGCAAAAGCGUGCUAGCGCCCAAAUCGUGUCGACAGAACUAACCAGGAUAUUGGUGCAACCAAAGCGACGAGUUUUUUAAGGCUUAAUUCCACACACACACAACUUCCACAUUGUCUCGAAGGAAAAUGCGCCUAGCUGAUAUGGUAAGAGCGCACGAGGAGCGCGCAAGAUUUAAUAAUAUCUGAAACACUGAACGAGGAACAAUCAGAAUAAACAAGAAAGAAACAAGGAUGGUUAAAAAAUGGGAAGAUUGACACGGAUUGAAAAUGACGAAGCAACCUCGUUCUCACGGUUCUUUCAUACCGUACUCGUCUCCCUUUAAGGGACCUUUAGGAGAGAACCCUGGGAACAAAGUUGUAACGAAACGUGAGAAAUGAACGUGCAAUGACACAUUCCUUUAAAAUGUACAUGAUGUUUUGUUUUAUGCUCCACGUGACACUGUCAGGUGAGAUGUUCUCAUAAUAAAUUGUCCGUUACUUUCGGCGGCUUGCGUGUCUAAUGCUUUUCUCUCAGAUGUUGGUAUAAAUUUUAAUGGCGAAGCGAUCAGAAGAUCUUCGUUAAUUCAAGUAUCGAAGCUCAACAUUUUGGUCCACUGGUUGAACUAAAAGGUCAGUAGCAUGUCAUGAUGUGGGACUGACGAGUAUAUAUUUCAUUUGCGUCACAGGUCGUCUAAAUUUUAGUCCAAUUCUGGUAGAAGUUUGAAAAAACAUGUCUAAGUUUUUCCUCUAAAGCUAUUAAAGUUUUGUACACGUAUCCUUUCUUUGAUGUACGUCCUCCAAAUGCAGCUUUGCCCGGCAAUAACCAAUCAGAUCGAACCUUGUGCAAGAUUAACGAUAGUGAUGACAGAGGCAUUUAUGCUCGACACGAGAUGUCUACUGGAGGACGAACUGCAGCCCAAAAACCACAUAAGUACAUAAAAUAUUUCCAUGUGUAGAAACAAACUGAUAUUUUAGGGAUUAGUAUUAUUUUUUUUGAAUGAUUGGGAACUUACUUUUGCUACCAGGAUUCACUUUGAUGCGCACCUAAAAUUAGAAUUAUUUUCCUUUUUUUCCGGAGAGGGAGAUUCCUCUGGAGUUAAGACAUUUGAAGUACUGCGCUGCAACCUAAUAAGGAUUUGCUUUUUUUAUUUCAAUGAGUUUUUAAUUUAUUUAUUUAUUUUUCGCGGGUUUGUAUCAAUCAAGAGAUCAAAAGCGACCAACAUUCUCUGAUAAAUGAUUUUAAAGUCAACUAGCAUUUAUACGAAAUAUAGUCCGUGUUGGUAAAAAAAUGUUUCCAGAAAGGUAUAUUGACAUUUCCUUUCUUCUCGGGCAGAAGAUGGCGUGAAUGAAGAGGGGGUGUGUUAAGAUUUUGUAAGUUCUCUUUUUCCAAUCUGGCCUCGGUAAAAUGCUGUUACUUCAUUAUUCCAUUGAAAAACUAUCCGUCAUUUUAUACCUCUUCGGCCCAUCACCAUUCUUCUGGACUGAGAUCGAAAAGAAUAGGUCAUGGGCAGUUUUGUCGGGCAGGAGGGGAUAAGGGAAGGGCUGAGGAGACAGCUUUAACCGUUUUCUACGGAUGUUUAUUACGUUUUAGGCUCCUAUUUCUUACCGUACAUCGUUUAAGGACCAGUUGUUAUUAAUCAUCUGAGGAAGGAGGGGUUAUCCGCUCUUUGAACAACUGGGCCCAGACUCACCCUUUUACAACAUAGAAAUGUGGAAUUUUUGUGAUUCGCACAAAAACGCUUCCUUAAAAUCUCGCUCAAUCAAUAGUUCUUGAACUCAGAAACUCAAUUAAACAAAAGAAUCAAAUCGAUGCCUACGUCAGUUUAUUUACUUUCAUCAGGUCACCAAGGUUUGCAAUGUAAACAUGUUGGCUUUCCGCUUCGCGAACUUUGACCGGGUAUACGUCAUGGUAACUUACGUUUACGUCACAAUUGUCAAAGCUUGUUUAGCAACAGGAACCGCAUUACAAUUUAGACAUGCUCCGAUUGUUUUUGAACACCUCUUUUAAAGGAGUUGAACGCGUUCAGGUUAUUGCAUAUUUUUUUGCGUGUUUUUUUUUCCACAUUUUUCAACGGUCGAGACUUUUUCCUCAUUUACCGCGCCACUUCCGCUCGAUUUGAAAACCCUAAUUGCAUCAUGGGAAGAUAAAUAAAAUUAUUUUUGGGACCUUUGCUCAAUAUUGGUCUGGGAGAGACAGUUUACGAGAAUAAUGUGACCAGGUCGUCUUGUAAUCGGUGACUUCGAUGGCUGUAAAACUUUCAGAAGAUAUACAAUAUUUCACGAGAGAAGAACUAAAAAGACGCUGCUUACGGUGGCGACAAUUUUUCGCAAUCGUUCGCUGUGAGCUCGAAAGCUGAUGUCGAAACCUCCUGCAUCUCCUCGAUAUCACGUCCGAGGUAAAAUUCUCUCAUUAUACUACUUACGGCUGGAAAAAAAGACUUUUAUUCACACCUAACCAUUUAGUGCAUGUGUUUCUUGAAGGACUGAUGACCUCAAAAUAUGACUUUUUUUGUAUGUGUUGGUGCACUUAUGUAAUUGUUUCGAGUAUAAACUCACAGGUUGACCGCGAUCCUUACUUAGUUGUUGGCCUUGCUUUCUGUGGCAUGGUACAGUUAGGUAACUGACACUUUUUAACUUUGGCUGAGCGCUCGACAUUUUUCUUUUGGGUGGGAAGCGGUCAUGUUGUCAGCUCUUUAUUUUGUUAGUGCUGAGAAGCGAAUAACUGCUGGGAGGGCUAAUCAUCGUUCCAUGUUAUCGUUGACCUUACUUCUCAAGGUCAUACCUAAACGUGUCAAUAUAAGCUUGAAGAAGCAAGCAGUUUAUCGAUGCACAUCGAUUGUCUUUCUGAAGAUCAUUUCGUCACAAGUUAUCAUUUAUUCAUGACCUCAGUUGCUUGGUGGUUCGGCUUUAUUUCUACCAAUUACAUCGUUGUUUACUUUGGAGCGAAGUCCAUCGAAAUCGUUUUGAUAAAGCAAUGAACGCCUGUGCUGCCUCCGUUCGUCCGUGAACAUCAUUCAUUGUUUCCUUCGGGGCUCUUGAUUUGAGGUAGAACAUUUGAAUUUUUGUUUCCCUCUUUCCAAAGCUUUCUUUUGGCUCUACAAUCAAUAUAAGAUAUAACAGUAAUGGCCUGCACCUUUAUGCUUUCAUGCGCGGCCAUAUUCGUUACGUGUUGUAUACUUCGAUGUUUGUUCCAUAGUUUGAAUUGUGUAAAUAGAAAAAUACUUUACAAUAGCUGUAACUUGUUCGUUAUUUUCGAUCGCUGGACUGUAUCGUUUGAACCCGAAAUACAAGUUGAUCCAUCUGAUAUUGUAUCUCUGUAUCUCACGAACUACAAGAAACGUCGAAUUCUAUAAUCGUAAUUUUUAUUAUUUUGCUUAAGUGUGUUGUGAUUUCUCGUCAAUGGAGUUUACAUGAUGUGUUUAUUGCAGUUAAUAUUUUAAAAAAAAUGAUAUUGAUUAAUUUCAGCGUUCGCUGAAAUAAAAGUUUUCGAUUGCAUGGCAAGGAAAUUUUAGGAUUCUUACAGAGUUUGCACGAAAGCCAAUAGUCAGAUACAUGUGCUAACAGCUGAACGGUGUCGCAAUUUUAUUAAAUUAUGCAGCUGGUUUUAGUUAAUGUUAUCUUUUAAAUGUAGGAACGUGAUUGCAUUGCAGCUUAUCUGAGUUGAGUAUUAAACUGGUUGUUUCCCACCUUGUUUUAAAGAAAAUCUUGCAUAUGGUGCAUCCAAUAUUUAGGGUUUCUUGCUGAAUUUGAAUUAAGUUUGUCUCAAGAGAAUUUUGUAAGGGAAAGAUAUGUUUAACUUGGCCCACAUGUGGACUUUAAAUUUCAUGGUUUGACAGUUUCAAUUUUAAUAACUACUUGUCAUUUGCUUUUUGUGAUUGCUUGCAUUUUCAUCACUGGAUGUUGGAAAUUUCUGUGUUACCCCCUAAGAAGUCUUCAAAUGAUAUGUGCCAAAAUUGGGGGAAGAAAUUUCUGUAAAGCUGUGAAGGUAGUCAGUCUUUUUUAUUGAAGUUGUUUCCAAAGUACAUUGUAGGUGUCACACUGGUUUAUGAUUGAAUGGAAAUCUUCAGUAAACAAUGAUGUUCAUAUGUCUAAACAAUUAGUCUAACACCAUGUGAGUUUUGGCCAUCUCAGAUAAUUUAGUCUACUGUACAUGUUUCAAGUUUGUCCCCAGUAAGCCCCCUCGAAAAAAAGUCUCAAUCAGUUAUUCUAUCUUUGUUUGAUUCCCUCUUUUUUUUGUCCUAAGUUGACAACUUACAUGUUUUUUUAAGGGAAAGAUUAUGCUUUUCUGUAUAUAGUAAUGGUUGAUGUAUACACAAAAAAUGACACAGAUAUAGGAAGGUGUUCCAAUUGCUAAUAACUUCUAGGAGUUGAAAGGUAGAAACUUUUGAAGAGAUAGAUUUUUGGCAAAAUAUCAGAGUACAUACAACAUCUUGAUUAUUAUUUGGAGUCCAAUCAAAUCCUUCAGUCUUUAUUUCAAGAUCUUUGUAACUAACUAGUUGGGUAUAUUUUGAAAAUUAAAAGUUUUACCUUUUAGACAUUUUCCUCAAGCUUGUUAAAGUGUUUCUUCCAUAAUGUUGUAUACGUGUAGUACACUAACUUCUUACUAAUAAGUGUGAGAGUUGUACAGUGGAAUAUUGGCCUGUUAGGUCUGCACAAAAAUGACAGCUCCACUAAAGCUCAAGUAAGCGAGAUUAGUGAGUAGUUUAUUGAAUGGCACUCAGAUCAAUCUUGAUAUGAAUUUUCUGGCUUUUGCAAACCAAAAAAAGGCUCAUGAUGGUGAUAUGGCAAAAUCCAGACCACGUAAGAACCAAUCAAACAGCAAAGAUCUUCCUCGCAUUUAUUGUACCUUGCCUUAUGAUAACUGAUUGUAUUUACUGUGCAUUGUGGCACUGUGUCAACGAACUAGUGUUUUUACUAUGAUCAUUGUUUUCAUUAUUAUUACAGUGUGAUAAACUAUGGGGUUAUAUAUUCAUUAAGAAUUCAAAAUUUGUUUUAAAAGUUACAUGUUCUGUAAAUAAACUGUAAAGAAGAUAUUAUGGCAAUAAAUUGUGGUAAUAUUGCAAAAGCAAAAGAUACUUAUUUAAUACUAACAUCUGUUCUUCUGCCCAGGAUGAAGUGUCUUUAUUAUUCGUCAAUUGUGCUAGAUAAGUCUGAUUGUUCUAAUUUCUGAAUGUUGAAGUCUUGUGUAUUACUUAAAUUUAUUAUUCUUGUAUGGGAUUGAAGUCUGGGGUGCAGCUUAUCAGCAAAAAUAUCCAGACAUAAUUGACAGGGCCCACAGGUUUGGCCUCACCGCAAAGAAAACAACUAUAAAUGACUUAACUAAAGAUAAGGACUCCUUGGAAGUUUUUUAAGAACAUAAUCAGUGAUGAUCAUGAACUCCAUGAUUGGUUACCUCCAAAGAGGAGACUUGUGCUCCGUGGGUGCCAGCAUGACUUUGAAUUACCAAGAGUUAGAACCAAAUGCUUCAAGCAUCAUUUCCUGAAUAGAUGCCUCUUGCAUUAAACUCACAGCAUAUAAGGAACUUCUUAAUGUUACAUAAUGUUAUCAAUGUUGCAAUUUUUAUAUUCUUAAUUACACUUAUAAUUUUCUUAUUAACACACUGUAAAGUUACAUGAUUUAUGAAAGAUAGAGUAUUAUUUUAUUAUUAUUACCAUUAAAUUAUUUGAUUAUGAAAUUGAUACAAUUCAGGUUUGCAGGUAUUUAAUCCUUCUGGAUUUAAGCAGAACUCAUUAAUUUAUGCUGUCUUAAAAAAAGCAAAUAGAUAUUUACUGAUAAGAAAGAAGGUGACGCAGGGCUGAAGAGGCAUUUUUAGAGUGCCACUUACUUGUGCUGAAUGAUAUGUGUUAAUUAUUAUUUUGAUUGAAUUGGGACAUAUGGCAGUUUUCAAAGUACUUUUCCAGAUUUUUAGACAAGAAGCCUCUGGUUUGGAGGCAUGAGCCCUUGCCUACAAGAAACCAGUGCAUUAAAUUCUAUAAUUGUUUUUUACAAACAUUUUUUAAAUAUAUAUAUAUGUUCAUACAUGUUUCUAAGGUACUGGUGUCCUGACUUACAGAUGAGAUUUUUAAGCUUCAAACAUUUAUAUCUAGUAUACAGUACAACUUUGCAGACCAAGUGUAAUUGAUUACAGAAAACAAUUUUUAAGUACAAGGAAAAAGUUUACAUUAUUUUUUUAUAUCAAGCUGUGUUUACUGGCCAAUCACAUCGUGUGAUUCUCUGGUUGAUGCUCCAUGCUUGUAUUUCCAGUUUUGAUUUGUCUACAGACAGUAGCUUUACAUUAUUUAAAUAUGUUAUCCUAAAUAUGAAAUUAGCACCUGCACAAAUUAAAUCUCUAUUUUAUGGCAAGUGAGUUGCAUUUGUUAGAGUAGAAGACUAUUUGAAAAUUCACAUGUAGGAAUUCUUUAAGUUGAUGUAUUCAUACACAAUAGACAGGGUAUUAUUGAGAAGUGGAAACUAAAAGGAUUCUUAGUCAUCCUGACAGGUAGAGGUUUAAUGUCAAUGUUUUUUUAUACCCUGUUCUGUACCUGCAACAUAAUGUUUCCAAGGCAGUGCCGAUCAGAUAUUUAUCCACCCAAUCAUUGUAUAAUUCUCAGAUUAAAUUUCGUUGCUUCUGGUGUGAAGAAUGUUCACCUGUGACUAAACAAUGAUAUUAGUCUUCUGUUGUUACAUUAGUAUAUCUCUUUAUAUAAUUUAUACAAAUUCUUUCUGAAUUUGAAUAUUAAAAUUCAGCCCACAAUUAGUUUGCUUUAAUAGCCCUAACAGUAAAGUAAAAAAUGUAAUUUAGGUAUGUUUAAUGUCUUGCUUGGGUGCAAAUGACAGACUUGACUGUACAUUUUGUGCAUUAAAUACACAUAUGUACUCAUACUAUGAAUUGAACCAAAUCUUCUUGUUUAAUACUUUGAACUUAUUACAGAUAACUUGAAUGUUAACUGAAGUAAUUUGUCAUACUUUCCUGUAAAUUGGAACGGUCACUCUAAACAGGCACUUUGAUUAUUUGGUUAUGGACAAAAGUACUGUAGAUCUGAAAGCCUUAACACUUGCCAGCUAUUUUUAAAGCUAGCUUUACCUGUUUGAAAAACAGGUUUUAGAUGAUAAAAUUUAGGAUUCUUUUUCAAAUGAAUCUUAAAAGAGUAUAUAUCUUUCAGAAUACAUAACAUGUAUUCCGUGUUUGAUUAAGUUUUAUUAUUGAGUUAGUAAUCACAACAAGUUUGGGUUUUGGUGAUUGUGUUUUGUUGUUCAUCAAAAUAUGCACCAGCUUGAUUAGUUUAAAUUUGUAAAUGAGCAUUGUACACUUUACUGAAGAUAGUGACCUCUCUUCUGUAUAGACAUCAAUAUCUUUUCAUAUCUAUGAUCUCACAUAAUGUUUUAAGUCCACAGGAAAUAACUCCCAUGUGUGAGAUAUUGAUUCAGAGUUCCGUCAACACAACAUGUACUGAAUUUGUUCAUUCAUUAAUUUAAUUUGUUUUUCUUUGUAUUCAAACUUUUUUGAAAUGCAGUGCUUAAUGUAAAGCUUCCAAAGCAGAGUCCCAGAUCACUGAACAACAGUGCAACUUCAUUGUCAUCACUUGAUGCCUCAGCUGGCUCUCACUCUCCCUCGUCUCCUCGAAGCAACAAGACACUAGGUACAGCAUCUAAUUUCUCCUUACUCUAACCCUAAGCAAUUUAAACAGUAAGGUUUUGAGAAUAAAGGAAAGGUUCACUAGCUUUUGAUUUUCAAAUCAGUUCUCCAUGUCAGCGACAUAGUUUAGGAAGUGUAUUGAAGGGUGGUAUAGUAUAUGGUGAUGGUGCGUAGUAAUGUAAAAGUUUUGAGGGGUAACAAUUCAACUGAUGAGAUUUUGACAAGGUUAAAAAAAAUGUAAUGUUAUGGAGGUUGGAGGUUAAAUUAAUUUUGAAUUUAUCAGCCAUGAAAUCCCAAAUGGUUGAACACGUCACCUUCAUGAGUUUUUACGUAGUAACUGAUACAUUUCAAAAUAUAUCAGGGCGUGAAAUUGCGCCUAAUACAGGCGCCAAUGCGACUAAAUUUUUCACUUUGGCGACCAAAUCCUGAAAGUUAGUCGCCAAAUUGGCGACUAGAACGUUUCAUCAUAACCUUACCAAGAGAUAUAGUGAAUUAAAAAGAUUUGCAAAGAUAAAUCCGCGGCAAACUUCCUCGUUAAGUUUGUUUCCAAAACGUAGCACAUGCAUCUCGAUCGAUAACUAGACGCCAUCUUGGAUUUAGAUGAGCUUGAACGUUGUAUAUCAUCCAUCCUAGUGUCCACUUUGUAGCACGUUAAAGAUCUUUUCCCUAACUUAAUUUUGGAGGGUCUAUCUAGAACGCUGACAGCUUAAAGAAAGAUUUUGUUUGUCUUUGAAAAUGGCGACCAACUUUUUUUGAAUUGGCUACUACUUUGAAGAAUUUAGGAGCCAAGUGGCUCUCAGAAAAAAAAGUUAAUUUCACGCCCUGUAUAUACAAAUUUUAUGAAGCUUUUUUUCAAAGAGAAAUAUCUCACUUUGGGGUACAUUAUUAAAUUUUCCAUAUAAGCACUGAUUUUGGAAGGAAGAGCACUGAGUUAGAUGUUUAUUUGAAAUCUUUUGGCUAGUGUUACAACGUGAGCAGGUUCUCUCAAUAAGGUUCUAAAAUUAAGACUUUGUGCUUUUAUCUCAGAAAAUAAGGUGCAAAUAUAUACUUUACCUGUGUUUCGAAGAACUACAAGUCAGCAUCUUAGGAAGUUGCGAAAUAUCUGCCUAUUACAGGUUUAGAGAAGGUCAAAAUGAGAAACAUGUUGGUUGUCUGGGUAAAUGACAAUGACAAUCCUACCAUUUUUCACCUGCCUGAUUCUUGUCUCCACCAAUCAAGUGCUUAGCACACAUCAGUCUGCGGAACUUGCGUUAGACACACAUGUACAGGUGCGAAUUAAUUUAAAUCUUUUUUUUGCCAAAAACAGCAAUUCAGAGACUGUUUGGAAGGAGCAAAGAGAAUCAUGGUGCACAUAGUGGAAGGGAAGAUUCAGAGGUAAUUUUUCAGAUACUGUAGAAAAUUUAAAAACAACCUCUUCUGGUGGAACAAUGUAUUGUUAGAUUGUCAAAAAUGAUCUUUAAGUCAACAUUUGUUUGCCUAAAUCGUGCUUCUACGGACAGAAGUCUCCUGCCAAAAUUAACAGUCGCGGUGUUUGACAAUCAUAUCAAUAUAUCAAUGAAGUGUUGUAAUUUGUAUCUUUCACAGAACGAGGAUGGCGGCUUCAAGUUAAAGUUGAAUGUACCUACAACAAGGCACAAACAGUUCUCUAAAGUCCUGGCUGAACUCAAAGAGAGAACGAUGCCGUCCUCGUAAGUAGCACAAUUUUUAGUCAACAGUUAAUAAUCAAGAUAAGAGCCUUCAGCAAAAAUUUUUAUGAAAUUGAUUUUUUUUCCGUCAUCAAGAUGGUCAAAGGGAAAUUAUUGGAAAUAGAAGAAAAUUAUGAUUUUUAACCGUUAUUUUGUCACUACCGUUACGGUAGUAAACUUUCAAACUCUGCGGAGAGACAACUACUUUUGUACUUGUGCAUGUAUUUGUAGAAACAUCUUUUUUCUUUUUAGCAGCACGAAAUGAAUUAACGAAAUUAAAUCAAAAUGACAAAACUUUCUAUUACUCUUAGGCUGGGCAGGCGCCGCAGCAAAACUCAAGAGUCUUCGACAACAGACUCUCGUAACAGCGCUGAUAGCGAUGGUGGACAAGGUCGGCCUCGGGGGGCUACUUCAGUUGUGAGCUCUUCCAGCGGUGCUGGGUCAGAGGUUCAAACGAGGGCAAGAAGUGGCACAGGACUGUCCUUUAAUGAAGAUGACUCUGGCGAAGUAGAUUCGGUUCGUACAAAGGCUUUCUUUAUUUCUCUCUUUAAUGUAAUCUGUCUUGUGGUGACUUUUAGAGGAAGAAGUUACUUAAAAGUUAUAAUAGCAGUUGUGUGCAUGUACAGUGUGUAUGUACGCGUUACGUUUCUCUUAUGUGCUGUAGAUGCUGAAAUUUUGGUGCUCUCAUUUCGAAACUAUCUUUACCUCUGCCCCUGUCUCAGCGCUAAUGAGAGCCUUCCCACAAGCAAUUGUGUGAAAUGCUUAUUUUUUUUAUUGUUAACCUCUGAUGAAUCCGGCUAUCAGGUUCCUAUUACGGUUGUCAAUAAUACCUAAUAGUUUGUACUCUUACUGAGACAGAGGUACUGUUGCAAUCCAGAACCUUGCCCCAACUAGGGCUAGAACCUAGGCCUUCUAAUCCGCUGUAUGUCACACUAGGAAAGUUGUAUCCAAUUAAUUUUACUAACAACAUUAAUCCGUUGAUUUUGCAGCUUGAUGGAACAUUUAGUUCUCAAGAUAAGGAAUAUGAUGAAGUUGAUGGACAGAUAAUCGACUCAGAGGUAGCCUGGAUUUGUUCUUCAUGCUAAACAAACACUGCUAAUUUUGUCAGCGUAUGAAAACCUACAAAUUUCUUUGACAUGAGACAGGCUACAAAAUAUUAUUUCAGCUAGAUCGAAAAACACAAAAGAGGCAACAGUGAACUAAGAAGGAGCAAGGAUGGCUAAGGAUGAAAACGAUUUACAAGUAUUGUGAAUGACCAUACGUAAAAAACCCAGGAAAGGCAAUGAUGGUCAAGGAGGAAUAAGAGGCAGUGGCUGAAAGAAGAUUGAAACAGAAUAUUUAUUAAUGACUGUGAAUAUAUGAAAAUCAUGUAUAUGUGAACUGCGGUUUAAAAAAUGAGCAUGGAAGCAAUCGUCGCUGUAAUAAACACUACUUGAGCAGUAGUGAAAAUAAGGCAAAAUGGCCCAACCCAAAUGGGUUCAAAUCAGUUGAUAAAUCACUGCACCGGUAUCGCAGAUUUCAUAGGUUCAAAUCCUAUACAGGCCUGAAUUUUUUUCAGGCCUUAUUUUCACUACUGCUUAAUCAGUGUUCAUUACUGCAAAGAUCACUUUCAUGUUCAGAAAGCAGAUUAUUAAAAUCUAAAGUCUACAAUAGUAACAUUUACACUGCCCUUACGUGACUGAAAAGAUUAAGGAAAAACUUAAUUUGUUCUUCUGAGUGUCCCACAUCAUAUUUAUUGUUUUUGUUGUUUAUUUAUUGUUGUUGUUUGUUUUAGAAACGAAGACAGCGCGUGGAGCACUUGAAUUUCAAGAUAAGAAGAACCAAGGAACAGAUUCGACAGCUACAAGAUGAGAGAGAUGGUGAGUGAUAUUUUUUAACAUAUGUACUCCUCCUUACUCUCGAUUGCGAAGACGUUGACACCUGAAAAGCAUGAAUCCUUGUACGAUGGGACACAAAAGCUUUAUGGGUAUAGAUAUGUGAUUAUCACAUUAAGUUGGGCGUGGUGAAUGAUGGAAGCUAUCCAAACAGAAUCACUGGGAAAAACUGAAAAAAGUUUGCCAUGAACAACGGAAGCAGCAGGUCACUGAUCAUGCGAUUGUUCACAUACUGCCAAUAAAACUGUUAGGUGUCGCCGUUUUUGGAUAAUUUUUUCAAAUGUCUACCUUGAUUUUAGUCGAGUGCAUACAACAGAGUAACGUGCACUAUCACAACGGCAAUUAGCAGGAUUUUUGAGAAAUUAGCGCGUUAGCUCGAUCCUCAGGUAAUUUCCCUUUUUUUUUUCGGGCUUCAUUUUCAAAUGAUUAUUUUAUGCGAUAAGUUGUGUAUUGAGAGCUCUAUCGAUGCCUCUGUUCUUUAACAUUUUGUGUGCUGGUCUUUCCUCUGGUACGAGUUAAUUAUUGAUUUGAUGGUGUGAUCUUGAAACACUGUUUCCCUAAUAUGCUCUAAGAAAGAAAACCACGCGUAGCAAAUCAUCGCUAAGUGCAGAUGGGCCUUUCCCUAAGAAAUUUGUGUAAUUAUACAGCGGGUCUUAUUUCUCUCUACAGAAUAUGUGAAAGAGUACCUGGAAUCGACAGAGGGCGGCUCGCAAAAAUCUAAGUAAGUGCUAACCAGGGUCCUUCCCUGAAUCAGUCUCUCGUAAUUUUUGCCCCUUGCUCGAGGACGUGACGUUUCCGAAAAGAACCCGAUUAUUAUCGAGAAACGUCAAGGCUCUCAGAAGACUCUGCCUUAAAGUAAUCAGCCAAACACAAGUGAGUUAAGAAAGAAGCAAGCAAGAAUCUGCUAAAAUAUCUUGAAAACAUCGAGAGCACUAAGGGCCUUUGCGUGCAGAUUCAUGCCUCGACAAUUGAUUCAAGAUGCCGAAGAGAUGAGGCUGUUGGGUCGCUUCGGAUAGCUUACGAUAGCUCACGAUAACUCACAAUUGUCGAUGUUAAACAGCUUUGCACAAAGUGUUAUGUGCAGUGUAAAUUUUUAGGAAAAUUUGAAAUCGCGAAAGUCGAAACAGUGAAAAUAGCAUUCCUGGUUGGUGGUAAGUCAUCUUUUCCGUACAAGCUUGUUAAUUUUAGGACAUUCAAGAAUUCCGCUCAAUUUUUGCUAAGAAAAUUUCAUGAAGAGAAAAGACAAACCGAACAAGUUAAGCCGCCAAAAGUAACUUCUUUUGCUCGUGUUUGUUUGAUAAUUUUCCCCAAAAAUUUUGCCGACUUGAUGCACUCGAACCAGUAUUUUUUGGCUCACAUCCAAAGAUUUCGAACAAGUGCAAUUCAUGUGAGGUAUGUUACCCUGACGCGUGACGCGUUGCGCUAGCGACCUAUUUAAUAUUCACUGCUGGGACGGUAUCACUCUUUGCGAUCAAGUGUUCGAUACGAUGUACUUUGCGGAACUUAAUUAACGUCCUUUCCCUUUCAGGGCUGUCUUCGAGAAGAAAAACCAGAAGACAAAUUCGGCAGUGGCUCAACAGCAGAAAAAGCUCGAGAAAUAUCAUAAUGAACUGAUGGUGAGUAUUUAUUACUUACACAUGGGGAAUCAUGUUAUGUUUACGUCGUAUGACCUGAUCACAAGUCUUUCCUUUGAAACACUCAGAAUCUUAGAAUUUGUAGCAUUGCAUUUAGGAUUUCGUGGUGAAAAGCGCAGUUUUGUAGGGUUAUGAUAGGGGUUGAUUUUACGAGCACAAAACAUGGAUCAAUCUUUUUGGAGAUAGUUUCCCUCGAGUGCUUGUGUCUUCAAAAUAUUCGACAUAUUUUUUCCUAAUGCGGUUUCAACAAGGUUUGUGAUUGUCUGUAUUUUGUUAUUAAUUUAAUUAUAAUUAUCAUGCGCGUGGCUGUUCAACUUUGGUCAACACUCAGACAAAACUGACGUGCGGACAUUUUUGCCGUCUUGUUUCUAAGGUUGUUCAUGAAACAUUGUAUGUUUUCAAUAAAGAUGGUCAAAAAAGUGCCCCCAAUAUGGGCAAAACAAAUAUCUGUGCCCUGUAUGACGAUUAAAGCUUCAUCGUCUUCACUUUUCGCGGUCGAAUCCACUAUUGUGUGAGCUGUAGAGAACUGAGUGACGCGGUAAACUAUAUGUUAGGUUCAUAAGUGUCAAGCGUCCUCUAUACUCUAAGGAUCGGCAAUGUAGACCCUUCACUUUUUAAUGUGAUUACUGAUUUAACUUCAUUACAGGGACUGGAAAUGAAUGGUGCAGCCCCAAGUGGACACAUUGCUAAAGAAGUAUUCAAGUAGGUCAAAAAUCUACCAUUUUUUUCGGUUAAAUCUCUGCUAGUCUAGAACUAAGUUGUUAUCGUCGCUACCAGUUUGACUUUUAAGCGUCCCUUUUUUUUAACAAACUGCAUUCCUUAGGUUUGUCUAAUUUUAAGAGGCACUCGAGUGUCAGCUUGUGGAUUUUGCCUCACAAGCUUACAUCUUUCAGACUGUGAAAAGCGCUGAUCGAUUUUCAUGUCUUCGUAUGUGAAUUCCAGCAAUUUCCUGUCGAUGAGAACAUACACACAAAAUCGAUAAGGAUCAUUUGUAUGGGAGUUACGAUCUUCAGUGAAAAAGAACUUUUUUCCAAGUUAUCCUUUUCCAUCUCUCUUCUUUUAUAUUUUCUUCGCGUUUGUCGAGACAUCCUAGAUAGCGUUGUUAAGACGACAGAUUACAUACCAGCAAGGACGGUGUCAAUAACCGUAAAUAUUUUAGCAUGAAAAUUUCCUCCGAGAAAGCUAAUGGAAUUUGCUAUCGAUGUCAUUUUCGUGAAAAGAGGUUACAGUACGUAUGGACCACAUAAGAAUUUCGACUAGCGUUUUAUUUUAAGAGAUUAAUCGGUAAACAAAUUUUUUCCUCAAGGGUAACGCUUCCUUCCCCAACAUUCCAAAGUUCUACUCCCCUUCCCUAUCCUCCCCCCUCUCUUUCCCCUCCCCCCCCUCCCCUCUCCCUAUCGGCAAUCCUCAUUUAAAUCCCGCGGGGAAAAAUAACCACGGUUUGUUUUCGUGGAGGUCUGCUAUCUAUUGAUAAUCAAAUCUGACAUGUCAGCCCUCUAUUUUUAAAAAUUCUUCAAGUAAUAAAAUAUUCCAAGGGUUUCUAAGGGGAUUUCUCCCCUCUCUUAAAUUUCUUCGACUUUCCUUACAAAGUAGCAUUGAAAUGUUGGGAAAGCAUCUAAGAUCAAAACUGUUGUAGUAGUAUCAGUGCAAAGACAUUCUAAAAAAAACAUGAAACUUUGCCCAAAUGAUAUUUUCGAAGGAAAAUUAAAAACUUCUUUUGAAUAUAGGUAUAGCAAAUUUCAACAAAAUAUCACUGUUGCGAGAAUGCAUUCUGUACAAAGUGCUGUUUGAUAGAUGCUACAAAACGGCUGUCAUUUUGGAAAAUUGACUUAUCGCGUCCUUCGUCUACAAGUAUCGCCCGAGGAAUGAAUAAUGUUUUACUUCUUUAGCGUCUUUUGUUUUCGUGUCACUCUCGCACGCCAAAACUGUUUACACUUAUUUAAUAAAGGCUUUCGAGCUAACGCUCAAAAAAAAAUUAUUAGUUGCGAAAACACCUGUAAGGUUUUUUGGGCACUUUGUUAAUGUGGAAAUUUAGUUUUUCCUUUUGUCCCUUCGGGGGUCGCUUUUACCGUGAAAAUUUUAAUUUCAAAACAAAAACAUCAUGGUAUGAGCUGUUUUUAGCCUAAGAGCUUUUCGUUUUCUCUUGUGCGAAAGUAUUCUCUUCCCUUGAUAAUUUAUAAUUUCUUAUGAUUAGUUACUGUUUGUUUACUGCUCAAGCUAUCCAAACCGAGUUAAUCUUUAUUAGACAAAAGUAUGAAAGGAUGGUUGUUUUACGCAACGGCGGCCCGCAGUAUGCAAAUUCACCACCGUGAAAACGUGAUGAAUAUUGAAUAUAUUAUCAGAAUUAGUAAUUUCUUGUAUUUUGAAGUUCGGAAAGUGAGAGGAGGAAUUCGGAAUUUUACACCUUUUUUCGGCUUCACUUUUUAAAGUGGACGGAGUGCUUAUGUCAUCGUCUUUCAUUUCAUGGCAACUGUGAAGCCUUCGCGGUCUCUCCCGAAGAUCGCUGUGAAUGAAUCUUCCGGCCGCGAGAUUGUUCAGCCGGUGUUUCUUUCGCCUAAGUGCGGUAGAAAUCUGCGGACAACCCUUCAUAAACACAGGUCGUGUCUUUGGCCGUAAGUCAUUCACAACUGUGCAGAAUUAUGUGUUGCCUCGCACAAAGCUGUACAAUUUUCUAGCCAAAGUAUUGUAUUUAUUGAUUUACAUGUGUAUGGUUUAUUCAUUUACGACAAACGUGUAGCAGCCCUUAAACGAUCUUUUCACAAAGGAAAGGGAUGAAAAUUACUCUAAUUACAAUGUAAGCUAGGCUUUCUAAAACGCAGAUUAUGUUUCAGAUAUGUCAUUUAAGUGAUAAUUAUCAUUUUUUCGUGAGCAUGUAGUUUAAAUGCAAAAUCUUUUAGUUUCAGACGUCCUGACCUCUUUGAAUAUCGAUUCUGCUCUCCCCACGACAGUAGUUUUGUGGCUGCCUGUGUUUAUUUCAUUCAAACCUAUGUUUUUAAAACCAAACAUUAGUAUUUAGAAGUGUAGAAUUUUUUUGUGAUAAUUUAAAAUAACGAGAGUUUUCUUUAGAAUUUCGUGUUUGCUCGGUUUACUGAUUUUAUUUCCACUUAUUAUUCCUUCAACACCUUCGCAUUUUGUUUACACGAAAUGACUUAUCAGUGUUUACAAAUACGUCCUGUGGUAAUACAACUUGGCUUAAAAAGACUGAAGCAGCUUUUCUUUACUCCAAACUUCAUAACCAAACAGAAAAAUUAUCAUCAUUCACGGUACUGUGUUACAUCAAACAUUUUCAGCUUUCAUAUUUGUGAGUUUUUUAGCCACGAUCAAAGUUCCCGAAGUGGGAAAAAUAUUCUGCAAAAUAAAACGCCGAGAAACAUUCCCUUCACUUAUUCAACAGUCUUCGUAUUGGGAUUCAUUCGAAAAAUCCAUAUAUGAAUCAGCUUCCAUGCAGACCUAAAAUUUGAAUAGAUUUCGCUUCCUUACGGGCCAACGUUGCGCAGCUUGAACAGAAAAUCGUACGAUCCUCCACAAAACGAGACCUUUGCCUUAUGUAUAUUUUAUUGACGAGACACGGUUCUGGAACUGUUUUUGAACUUUCUAUUCAGUACACAGUUGAGGCGACACUUUUGCGGCGUUUUUAGACUGUGGCGCGACAGGGUCUCCAUAUUGUUUUAAUAAAUCAUGGGUCUUACUUAUUUUUUUAUAUUUUUGUUUCAGGGGGGUCAGAGACGGAGUGAAGGGGUAAGAGAACGUCUUUUAUAGCCAUGUUCUUACGGUACUCUGUAGUAAGGAAAAACAAUUAAAAUCGAACCUCGUUCUAUGUGAAGAAGUCAUAAUCUGGGAUUAAGGGUUCCUCUUAAAUAGAACUGCAGGCUUAGAGGAUUAUAUGGUCUCAAAGAAUUCAUGUCAUUUUCUUCUUAUAAUUUUUAAACAAAGUAUUUCAUUUAAAAUUUGUGUUUUUGUAGGGCGGUUACCAGGCCUCUUGAGAUUAUCAAGCAUCGGAGAUUUGGCAGCGCGGAGAAUGUGAGCACAACAACGUCAAGUCCCGGAUCAAGUAUGUGUUAUGUCUGGUUUGUCUUUUAUUUCUUUUUGUUUUGUUAGUUUUGUUUUCAACCAUGUUGUUUGUUUGCUGUUUGGCUGACUGACGGACCCAUGGACACUCCAACUUUUAGCCACUGACCCACUAACCAACAGACCGUCUAAAUGACUGACUGACUGAUUGACCGACCGAUUGACUGGCUGUCUGACUGACUGGCUGUGACAGACCGACUGUUUGACUCACUGAGUGAGUGAGUGACUGACUGACUGACAGGCCUCACUGAGUGAGUGACUGACUGACUGACUGACAGGCUGGUUGUCUGACUGACCUACUAUGCCAAUUCCCGUCAAUCUUAUCAACGCUGAUAGAGAAACUAAAGAAGAAACAUUGUUUAGUGUAAACUACUUUACCAACCAUUUUUUAAGAGUUGUUUAGACAAUGAAUCGGUGUUUGUCCUUAUUUUAGAGAUCGAUGGCCUUGAAGAGGAACCGAACAGCCCUCUUGGUGAAGAGGGUUAUGUGGCAGAUUCCAACCUAAGGUAAGCGUCAGCGCCGUCGUUCGCUUACGUUUUGGCUCGUCAUGCAAUACUUUCUGUGAUUGCGUGACAGUGACGUACGUCUCUACUGAUAUCCACCAUUUAUUCGGAAGAACACGAUCUGGAAACUCGCAAUUGAGGUUCACGGCCAUUACUGUGUAGUACCGUUGAUUGACAUUGCGUUUUAGUGUCAACAGAAGUAUGUGUCGCCUACUCAUGGCGGUUAAGUCCAUGGUGAUCUCUGAGCAUGUUUUGUAUUGAAAUAUUAAAUAAUUGUAAUUCAAACUAUUAUAUUUUUGUUUCAGUGCGGCGAGAUACAACAGCGACGAUGAUUCGUCGAGUGUAGCGUCAGCUACACAUAUUGGGUAAGUCCGGCAAACUUGAAUAGUGAUGGUGUAAAACUUAGUUUCCCUCACCCCACCCCUCAAGGUUGCUUUUCUUCAAGUGACUCUAUCAUUUACGGUACCUAAUAUGUGAGAAAUACGUCACGAUGUUUCCGAACGGAAAUUCGUUCUAUAACUGGCUUACUCGCCGUGAAGGGUCUUUAUCAUCUCUAAUGGUUGUUUGUUAGCGUCCUUCUCAGUAGCAGUUCGUGAUUUUACGUGUCAAAUGAAACCAACCUUUAAAAAAAAUCAGUUGCAACAAAUUCAUUUCAAGCAUAUCUAUGUCGUUGUUAGGGUCCCAACCCACAGUAACAGCCCACGUCACAGCCUCCCUCCCAGUCCUCCCACGUCUUACGAUCAGGAUAUAGGCGAACUUCGGGAGGUCAAUGCCAGGCUGCACGAACAAAUAGAGGGCUUAAAGGUGAGUUUCUUGCUUCCUUACAGUACUGUCGGUGAUUAGGAAAUUAUUUCCUUCAGGCAAAGUGGGGAGAUUUCUUUGAACGUACUUUUGAAAAUUACCUUCAGUUCACAAAGAAAAAAUAUUACAACAGUGGAGACCAAGAACCUCAGCUAUUAAAAUUCAACGUGAAUUCAGCUGGACGGGCGUUUGAGCAAUUUAAGUGAAGGAUUUAAGUAUAAUUUAGCUAAUUUAAGCCAAGCGCUAUUUAAGAAGUAAGGAAGACAAAAAUGAUGCUUUUUAACAGCGCCAUCUUAAAGAAUCGAGUAGCUAUUCAAUAAUGGUUGGUUAUUAACUAUUUAGCAAAUAGCUGCCGGAUGUCUGUUCUAUGAUUGAUCACGCAUGUCGUCAAAACCGUCAAACCACUUAUUUUGAGUCUGAUUCUGUGUGAAAAAUCCUGCGUAGAUGGUUUUGAAAAAUUCUGAAGCAAGCUUCUAGAAUGUUUACCGUGAAAAUGCUUUUAUUUUUCAGCGUCAGUUAAAUAUUAUGGCCGAAUCACUUCACGAAGAGAGAUGCAAUUCCGAGGUUUGUUUGUGUUCUUCACAUUUCAACUGUUGAAGGAUUUCUUAUUAUUGCCUUUUUCUAACUUAGUGACUAAUAUCUGUUAUCAUUAUUAAGGUUGAUUGACUUUUACGUGGUAAAUGCCAUACCUUUCCUAUCGAAAUUCCGCACUUACAGAUUUUCCUGAGCCCGCAGUUUCAUCAAUUAGUCCUUGUUCCUAAGCAACGUGUUGUAUUCUGUUGAUGCAUUCGCAUUAUGAAGGCGAACCCCAAGUCCUCGUGUUUAUUACGCUGUGUGCUCUUGUGCUAAACACUCAACAAUCCAAUUUCGAACAGAAAAAUAAAUUAAUUUUAAAAGAGAAUGGACAAAGUAAACAAGUCCCUUUAAACCAUACGUGCGCAUGUUCUGUUGGCUCAAAUUUCCAAAUACUUGUUUUACAAUAAUGCAAUGGAGUUUAUGUUCGCGAACAUAAAUAUGUUUUGGGAUCGACGGAGAGUCAUUUUAACCCGAGCCGUUAGGUGCAGGUGAAAAUGACCCUUAAAAAAAUGACAACAAAACAGUCGGAACAAUCACGUGAGCGUGCCAGCAAUUUAGUCUGCCGAAAUCUCCAUUUUAUCUCACAAAAUGCGCCACAAUCUCCGACAAGUGAUUAUAGUUGUUGUUAUACUCAAGUUAUUUUUAGUACUAGCCAUCUUUACUUGUUCUGAAAUAAUAAAACUUACUUCCAUUUACUUUAGCAAUUGCGAGACUUACUGAAUAACAUAACAACGGAGUGGAAUGACGUGUCAGAACUACGUCAGAACGAGGUUAGUUGGGUAUUACAGUAAUUUCGAGGGAGGUGGGGAGAGUAAGGGAUGACACUUACUGGCUUGACUGCGGGUAAAAAAGUCACGGAGACUUUCAAACAGCAAGAUGAUUGAUUUCCUCAGGCGUCUAAACCUGCAAUUGUAUUGGCCUGAGCUCAAGACGCCACGUUUCUUCAAGAGUUCGGGAAUUGAUCUGCCGUGUUUCUGAGCAGCCAGUGAUUCUUUCUUUUUUCCUUUCUUUAAACUUCGAAAAAUAAGAUAGAAGCGUACUACAUUUAAAGAGCGUUAAUAGACCGACGCAACAAGAAAGAUACUUAACAUGGAUAUAUCCAAGCAGUGUUGACGGUUGCCUCGUAUGGAGGUUCAAUCCCGAUUGGCGGUUUGUGGACGCUGGCUAGACUCAUGGAAGUCUUUGGCUACGCAGUCAUCCACUUUCUGUUUAAGCGAGGAAGUGGUUAAAUGUCAGUUUCUCCUUUUCUCAACAGAUGAUAACCGUAAAACAAGAGCUUGAAAGAGCCGAGGAGCGCAUUGAACGAAUUGAAUACCGGUCUGCAGAACGAGCCAACGAGAUCGAGGAAGCGCUGGAGUCUUACGUCACAAGGGUAACCGCGCGUUUUUUAAGUUACUAUCGGGCGGAUGGUAGCUUGGGAACGAGGUUGCCUCUGGUCUUUCUAAAACUUCACGCGUUGGGAUAUAGAAUUUUGGGAGAAACUGUUAUUGGGGGAUAAUGGAACGUAAAGCGGAGACUAGGAAUUGGAAUUUGCAUUUGUGGAAGUGAGGGCUUUUUGGUCAGUCUAGUGCUAUAAGUCUUUUCUGUGAAAAAUAAAUUAUUGAAGUCAGUUCUGCUGAGGUGUUGAAGGCGUUUAAGGUUUAGUAUUCAGGACGCAUGCCACAUAUGAACCUAGUAAUGGCGCCGACGUUACUACAGAAUUUUCUUUUGCUUAGUGGAAGAGUGUUGGAGCGCGAAAUCCGGAGGUCUGGUACCCAGGUUUUUUUCUAUGUCCUACGCGCAUGACAAACAACAAAACAUCUUCCUUUAACUCCUCUCUUAACUCUGUGAUGAAACCGAGACAAACCACGGCAAUUGCAAUGGUUCUUCUGGCUUGUAGGCUGAAUUAACCAUGUUGUUGUUGUAGUUGUUUUUUUGUUUUUGUUUUGUUUUUUUUGCAGGUUUUAAAAAUUGAAGCAUUUCAACAGCAGAGCCAACAGAUGAUGGGGCUGGAUGAUUACUUUGAUCAGAGCGCGCAGGCCAAAGCGCUUUUAUCAAAAUUUCUAACAGUGGUGCUAGCCAUUUUACAAAUUGUACUUAUUAUAUGCACGACGUUAGCCAGAAUAGUUAUUCCCUUCACAAGAACAAGGUAAGAUGGUUGCUUGUUGAUCAAUUAAUCUAUUUUGUUUCUAGUGUUCUUCGCAGCCGUUGUUUGGGAUGUCAGGAGACGCCCCCCCUUACGAGAAUCUUUCUACUCUACCUUGCUCUUUGUUUUGUAGAAAAAUUUUUUCUUGCAGUAAGAUAAAUGCCAGGUUUCUUUGUUAUUGAUACUUUUUGAUAACUUGUGUAUUAAUGCUCUACGAGGAGGAUUUUGGUUGUGUCAAUUCAGGCGAUAGAUGACAACUGGUCCCUAAUAUCUGUUGCUUCGUUUUUCAGGGUUCGUAUUGCAAUAACAAGUGUGGUUAUUUUAACCGUGGCCAUAUUAUGGAGAUAUCAAGAGAGCGACAAUGUGCGGUUCGUUAUGGAUAGCGUCACAGGACAGUUCACAAUGAUUAGCGAAAGACUCGCAUCUCUCGUAUGUCCCCUUGUAAACUUCGUGAGAAAGAUAUAUCAGAGAGACAAUUCAUGACAAAGAUUUGUUUGACGUUACCGGUAGAAGUAAUAGAUGACUGGAACUUAAUACUUAGACAGGAUGAAUGCACAAUUUAUUCAGUUUUAAUUGAUAGUUUUGUGGUUUUUGUGGAGCCUUUUUAUCUGUUGGAAGAAAAUCAAGAAGGAUUUGAUAAACAGUUUAACCUUCACGGUCAGUGGCACUUCUGUGGCAGAGUAAAACAGGCCGCUUACCAUUUUUAGUGUGUAGAGGAUUUUGGCAGUUUCCUUGUUUUAUACUGUAUUUCAUAUUUUACACUCACUCACGCUGCGCUCAAAGAAAUUCCCAGUAACUUGGUUAGACUGAUCAACAGUUACGGGUUUCAGAACUAUUUUCUUGGCUUUUUAGUGGCUGUUGUCGGGUCACUCCUCAUCGAAAACGUGCACACACAAAAAGCAAUAAUUGUAAUUAAUCUAAUUUAUUUUUCUCGCUGGUCCGAAGAACAAAAUCAUGACUUGAUUUUUACUAUGAGAGGGUGAAUCUAUUUAUUUAUAUGAACGAGAAAUUUAAUUGCUUCGCUAUUAAGCAUUAUAUGGAGCCGGAAUCGAAAAUUGAAUUAAAUCUAAACCGCAAAGGAAAUUUCAAUGACGUUUAAGACCAUAAGCACUCAGUUUAUUGUCUCUCCUAAGGCUUGACACGUAGGUAGCGCGAGAAAUCUUCACCUGGAAAAAUUUUACCGCGUGCGGACACAUGGACGCCCAAAAGGUAACUAAACUUAGGAGAGACACUGUUCUUUAGAGCGAACUUGAAGUUCCAAACAGCUCUUGGUGACUACCAGUGCUUUGAACACAACACAACUGAAUAAAUUAUAUGUACCCUUCAGGAAGGGGGAUUAUCG